AUGGUAGUGAAGAUAAAGACAGCACUGUUGGUAAUUUUGUUCGGUUGCAUUCUGCCGGCAGCCGAAAUCUACGGCUACAAGUGUACGCCGACCGGAAACGUGAACGUCACGGCAAACGGUAGACCCACCUACGCUGGCCAGUUCCCGCACCAUGCGCUACUGGUGGUACAGUUCGGCGAGGAGGAAACGCGCCAUUGCAGCGGCGCUCUGGUUGACGAUCGACAUGUCGUAACCGUGGCCCAAUGCGUCCAGGGUAGCAGCUCAGUGGUGGUCCACCUCGGUGCAGACUGUCUGCUGGAGGGUGACGACAAAUUUCGACAGGUUUUUACCGCCCUCGAGUACACCGUUCACGAGGGAUUAAACAUGGAGACGUUCGUCAACGAUGUGGCCGUGGUAAGGUUCACCGACGAGCCGGUUCGCUUGCCGCCGUGGGUUUAUGCGGCGCGAUUGCCCGAAGCGGACGAGGAUCAGUACGUCGGACAGCAGGUGCUCUCGAGUGGGUACGGUUUGAUGAACUACGCGACCGAAGGGGCCGCCGAUGCGCUGCAGUUCGUGCGGCUGACCGUGCUCGACUUGGAGGCGUGCCAGGAGGAGUUCAGCUUCGUCACCGCGGAGUCGGGAACGUUCUGUGCACAGGAGGCCGAUCACGAACCGAACUGUGUCAGUGAUGUCGGCAGCCCGUUGGUGCUGAAGGAGGGUCGUCUGCAGGAGUACGUGCUGCUGGGGUUGGCCAGCUUCGGCCAGAAGUUUGCCUGCAACCAAGGCAAUCCGGGAGCGCUUCAGGAGAUGCGCGUGCAUGCCGCAUGGGUGAAGGAAGUGCUGUCGAGAGUGAAUUAA